AUGUACGGAACGUACCAGCAGCAAGAUCGCCUCACGGAAGAUGAAAUACUACAGCGCAUGUUGGAGAGGCGGCAUCAUUACGCCAAGCUAGACAACAACCGAGGGUAUCAGCAUACUUUUAGGAGAAAAUCACGAUGGGAGCUGGUGCGCUUAUCGCUACUGAUCGUUGGGAUCGAGUGUACGUACGCGACAGAAACAGCACUUGUUGCACCGAUCCUGCUUGGCAUAGGACUUCCGCACACCGUCAUGACCAUGAUCUGGGCAACACCGUCGUUGGCUGGAUUGCUGUUUGCGCCCGUGAUUGCCUCCGUAAGCGACCGGUUAAGAUCCCGCUGGGGUCGUCGACGACCGGUGAUGCUGGCGCUCGGCAUAACGCUACUCACCGGCAUGCUCAUUCUUCCCAAUGGUCGUGCCGUUGGUGAGCUGCUCGGACUCACUAGCGUCGGAUGGUUGGCAACAAUCACAACCUUCGGAUUAGUCAUGUCGGACUUUUCGGCGGAAACGAGCAACGGACUCUGCCGCACGUACGCCAUGGAGGUGUGCACUAUCCGCGAUCAGGCACGCGUCCUCAGCAUUAUGGUGCUAACGGGUGGAAUCGGUGCUACGAUGGGUGCCCUGUUUGGGGCUAUCGAUUGGAAUCGGGUCGGUGUAGGGCACUAUCUGGGUGGAAACGAUGCGUCCGUGUUUGCUGCCAACUGGAUCGUGUUGUUUGUUGGACUGUCGGUUACGCUGACAAGCUUUUCCGAAAUCCCGCUACCGGUGCAGGAGUCUCAACCGAUGUUACGCCCUGUAACACAGAAGAUGCUGCUCGAUGAGGUGAAGCGUGUGUACGGCGAGGGCGAAGAAACAGAGCAAGAAGACGUGCCGGAAGUGGUUGGAUUCAAACAAUUCCUGCUGAACGUUCUUCACAUGCCGCGAUCGAUGAAGGUCCUUUGCUUGACGCAACUGCUCAGUCACAUGAGCUACCUAACGUACUGCCUGUACUACACGGAUUUUGUCGGGGCAACUGUGUACGAAGGAGAUGUACGGGCUUUAAAAGGUUCUAUAGCCGCAGAACGGUAUGCCGAUGGUGUCCGGUUCGCUUGUCUCGGUAUGGCCCUCUGCUCCACGACCUCCUCCAUCUACUCCGUGUUCAUCGAACGGCUCAUCGUUCGAUUUGGUGCUCGGUCAGUAUAUGUGGGCGGUCUGCUGGCACAUUGCUGUGGGAUGCUCACGAUGGGUCUCGUUCCUCACAAGCUGGUGGUGUUUUCAUGCUGCGCCCUCACAGGCGUCAUGUACGCCACCAUCUACUCAAUACCGUUCCUGUUGAUCUCACACUACCAUUCGAAAAAUUGCUUUGCUGAAGUUGAUGGAGAGUACGUGGAAAGCAUCGAGCGACGAGGAUUCGGGGUGGAUGUUUCAAUGAUGAGCAGUAUGUUGUGUUUGGCACAGUUAAUUGUAUCAUUAGCGAUCGGUGCAGUAAUUGAUACAGUAGGAUCCACUAUUAUUAUUACAUUUAUCUCUUCCGCCCUCAUGCUGUGUGCUGCCUGUUCUGCAAUGGCCAUCAUUUACAUGGGGUUGUAG